CUGUUGUUCUCCAGCACGCUAUAAAAAGGGACCGUCCAUGCUGAGGAAUCCACAACAUCUCAUUCACCUGAGACCAGAGACAGAGACACACUGCUGCUGCUGCUUCACACAGAAGACGAGAGAAAUCUACUGAAACAUCAUGGACCCUUGCGAUUGCUCCAAGAGUGGAACCUGCAACUGCGGUGGAUCCUGCACUUGCACUAACUGCUCCUGCACCACCUGCAAGAAGAGUUGCUGCCCAUGCUGCCCAUCCGGCUGCCCUAAAUGCGCCUCUGGCUGUGUGUGCAAAGGGAAGACGUGCGACACCACCUGCUGUCAGUGAGGAGCCUGUAACAUCAGCCCUCUCCUGCUCCUUGUGAUGGAGCCUGGGUCAACUACUUUGAAUGAUUAAUUGCAGUUGCAAAUGUCUAAACUGUGUAUUUUGUACUUGUCUUCAGUGUUGAAAUAAACAUGUAUCCUUAA